CAUUCAUAACCAUAAAAACCAUAAAGUUUGUUGUCACAAAUCUUCAUGUUAGUCGACUGUUCAAAUUGUCAUACUCCAUUAAACUUGCCACCAGGAGCCAAAUCCAUAAGGUGUUCAAUAUGCCAAGCUAUAACCCGAAUAGCUGAUCACCCAUCUCCAUCUGGGUCGAAUACGCUGUUUCAUUCAUUGUCGUUUAAUGAUAACCAGCACGUACCGUCUGGUUAUUAUGUGCCUCCUCCUCCGGCACCAAUACUACAUAAUUACCCCGUAUUGUCUGGAGGAGGAGGCAGAAAAAAGGCGGUUAUCGUUGGUGUGUCGUAUAAGAAUACUAGACAUGAACUUAAAGGUUGUAUUAAUGAUGCCAAGUUUAUGAAGCAUCUUUUGCUUACGAGGUUUCAGUUUCUUGAAUCCCAGAUUGUUAUGCUCACUGAAGAAGAGACAGACCUUAGCCGGAUCCCAACAGGUCGUAACAUGAGGAUGGCAUUAUCUUGGCUAGUCAAUGGAUGUCAACCAGGUGACUCACUUCUUUUUCACUUUUCUGGUCAUGGUUCACGGCAGAAGAACCGUAAUGGGGAUGAGAUAGAUGGAUAUGAUGAAACCUUAUGUCCCUUGGAUUUUGAAACUGAAGGCAUGAUUAUCGAUGACGAAGUCAAUGCAGUAAUCGUCAGACCCCUUCCUGUUGGUGUUAGACUUCAUGCUAUUAUUGAUUCUUGUCAUAGUGGAACUGUGCUGGAUCUCCCUUGGCUUUGCAGAAUGAAUAGAGCUGGGCAGUAUGAAUGGGAGGAUCAUCGUCCUAAAGAGGCAGGCAUAUGGAAGGGUAGCAGUGGAGGAGAAGUCAUUUCGAUUAGCGGAUGUGAUGAUGAUCAAACAUCUGCUGAUACAUCGGCUCUAUCAAAAAUCACAUCAACUGGGGCAAUGACGUUUUGUUUUAUUGAAGCUAUAGAACAUGGAAACGCAUCUACGUAUGGAAGCUUGUUAAGCUCUAUGCGUAACUCUAUCAGUAAUGCUUCAAGAGGGCCUGGUGGUGGUAGUUCCUCCUUUAAUAUGUUGUUGAACGGACGUCGUGGAUUCACUCAGGAACCACAAUUGACUUCAUGUGAGCCUUUCGAUAUAUUUGCAAAGCCAUUUUCCAUUUGAUUCUGGAUGCCGAUGUACAGUAUUAGUUACUGUGUACAGUUUGUAGGAUUUCAAGCUGACUUGCAAUCAUGGAUUGUAGUUAGAACUAUGGGACCAAGAUCGACGUCUAAAUUUAGUGAUCAGAAUGAGCGUGGAGUGAACUUUUUAUUGUUGUUUCACGGAUCAUUAACCUGCUUAAAACCCCGAGGACACAGAGUUUUGGGGCAACUAUAACAUUUCAUUGUUAUUUUCAGGAACAUUUUCUUUUGUAUUGUGGCAUUACCUAUUCGGUAUCCAAAGUAAUUUGAUGUGAUAACA